UACCUGGCGGGCUGAACGAGUGUCAAAUGAUACGGCAUCCGCAAGAAAUACUAGCGGCCUCCUCCAGCUGUUUCUCCUAUAGGAGGACUUUCUCGGAUUGCCGGGCGAAAGAGGCAGGCGAGCCGGGAAUGCCGAUGGACGCUUCUUCUUUGCAGUACUUGAGAUGUAUCAUAAGCGGCGCUGCAGAUAAAAAAAGAAAGAGGAAAAUCCAUUCUGGAUGCCGUGCUUGGCGUAGUUUUUUGCCCGGCCGGUCACGCCAUUUUUUUGUGGAAGGCGGCUUCGAGAUUUGUAAGACGGUGUACUUUGAAUUUUGAUUACCCACUCAAAAACCCACCCAGCAAAUUGAUGUGUAUUUGUGUGGCCUAAAUGAACGAUCAACGGUUGUUGUUUUAGCACAGAUAACCAGCAGACGCUCGACAACCUCACUUUGUCAUAUAAUUGGAUAGCCGGUUAGCCAAGUAACUCUGGUAUGACGUGAGCACGAGUCUAACGCCUUUUACCCAAAAUCACGUCGUCCAACAACGGAACUAUUCCUUGGCUCAUUUGUCAGACGGACUUUUGACUCCAACGUUGGUGUGGUGAGCUAGUGACGAUGGCGUCGCUAGAGGAAUCGCCAUGCCUGAGAAAGAUGAUGUUCACGGUAAUGUGUGCGUUACUGCUGUUAGAACUACCUAUUGCGUGUGAUGGAUCACUAGAGGAGAGCAAGCUGCUGACUGAUCUGACCCUCAACUACAAUUUCUCGGUGCGGCCGGUCAAGAACGACUCCGUCCCUCUCAAGGUCUACAUGGGAUUAUCCAUCUCCCAGAUCAUCGAUGUGGACGAGAGAAAUCAAGUCAUGAAGACCGGACUGUGGGUCAAACAGAGGUGGCACGAUUACCGACUGACGUGGAAUCCAGACCACUACAAGAAUGUGUCUGUGAUCCACAUACCUAUUAUGAUGCUCUGGAGCCCAGACUUGCUUCUCUACAACAAUGUGGACGACAGCUACAAGAUCGAUCUCGUGACCAAGGCUCUGGUUUACUGCAACGGCACGGUCAACUGGAGCCCACCUGCCGUCUUCUACAGCGCGUGCGCCAUCGACGUCCAUUACUUCCCCUUUGACAAGCAGGACUGUAAGCUCAAGUUCGGUUCCUGGACCUACGACGAGAGCAAGAUCGACCUGGAGUCCCUGGGAAGCACGGUGGACCGUCAGGAUUACUGGGAGAACGCGGAGUGGGAGAUCGUAGACACGCCCGUGGUCAAACACACCAUCAAGUACCCGUGUUGCGAGCAGACCUACGUGGACAUCACCUUCCACUUCAAGCUGCACCGGAAGUCCCUGUUCUACGUGGUGACGUUUGUGGUGCCCUGUGUCCUGAUCACCAUGAUCACCAUCUUCGUCUUCUACCUGCCUUCCAAUUGUGGCGAGCGGACCACGCUCUGUAUCUCCAUUCUGCUGGCCGUCAUUGUGUUCUUGCUGCUGAUUGCUGAGAUGAUCCCCACCACCUCUGACACCGUGCCGCUGAUUGGCUGCUACCUGCUCUUCACCAUGGGGAUUGUCAGCGUGUCUAUAGUCACCACCAUCAUCAUCAUCAACCUGUUCCAUCGCUCGUCCGAGACCCACACCAUGUCUCCCUGGGUCAAGCGGCUCUUCACCGAGACGCUACCGCCUUUCCUUCACAUCCAGCGGCCGCCCAACUACAAGGACUACCUGUGUAGCGCGUCGGCAGCUACACCGCAGCCCAAGCGCAAGGUCUACGUCAACUCCAGCGAUUCCCCGGCUACGGACCGCUCCUCGUGCUUCAACAACAAGAAGCGGAGCUUCAAUGUGGGCCGGUCCACCAGCAACUACCACCUGCUGCAGCGGACGGCCAACAACAACGCACCUAAGAUGAUGGCACUGAACUGCUCGCUGGAGGAAGAAAUGGAGUGGAGGGACUCGGACGAGGAAAAGGAGACCAAUGUAGACCACAACAGACAGACUGAGAUGAAGAAAGAGAAAAUACCGGCCAGACUCAAGGAGGGACUGGACUAUCUUCAUUACAUCGUGGAGAGAACGAAGGAAGAGGAUAAAGCUAAAAAGACUCGGAACGACUGGGAGUUCGUCGCCAUGGUAGUGGACCGCAUCUUCCUGUGGAUCUACCUUCUUGCCGUCGUCAUAGGAACCAUGGCCAUCAUGCUGUCCUCGCCGGUGCUCUGGGAGAACGAGAACCGGUUCAAGCAGCAGUCGCUGCUGCAGGGCCUACCCGAGGUCAAAUGCGCCUACCUGGAGGAUCUGCUGCCGGACUCCAACGAGACCACCGUCAAGAGUCAGCUGUAUACCUGCGAUAUGAAGCGAUGAGAGGCCACGGAGGGGCCAUGGAGCUGCUCAGCAAGCACAUUUACUCAGUACGGACGCAUUAUGCUUAAGAGAAUCAGGCUACCAGCCAAACUCGUUCUCACCGCAUAAAUUGCUUAACACUAUUUUCUACUGCGAAGCUACAUGACAUUUGACCCAUGAUGGCCCCCGUCGCACGAAAAAAAAGUAAGCACGUGUACAGUUUGUUUACGUGCUGACGUUGAUCUGGAGUAUAACGCGCAUGCUCCUGCGAAGACAUCGGUCCCAUUGUUUUCCUUGACUAAGUUAUAGAAUCGGCUUGUUAUAGUUCGAUCACGCAGUUUGAAUGAAGUGUUGCAUCCGUGAUUGGGGCAAAUUAGCUGGUCAGAUGAGAUGGUGUUAAAAAACCUAAACUACUAGAUCCAAGUAGCACUCGUGCAAUUUAAUACAACCAAUCAUCUUGCUUUUGGUAAAAAUGGACGAAAGGACAAUUUAUUUAUUAUUUCUAACACGUGUAAAGCAAUGCUCAUGAAAUGGACAGGGUUGCUUAUGAGGGAUACUCCAGACGCGGA